GGUUUCAAGAUGGGCUUCAGUCUCAACAAUCCGCUGCCCUCGUCGAUGAGGAGCGAGUGCAGGAAAACGGGCAAGAUCCUGGCAUCGUUCGUCGACCCGCGACAAGCUUUUGGACCGGACAAGAUCAUUCCGCCGUCUGUCCUUGCGAAUGCAAAGGGCCUCGCCAUCCUCACAGUCUUCAAAGCUGGUUUCCUUGGUACAGCGCGUUUCGGUUCCGGCGUUGUCGUGGCGCGCCUCGCAGACGGAUCCUGGUCGGCGCCCUCGGCCAUUGGAACAAUCGGCGGCGGCUUCGGCGGACAGAUUGGCUUCGAGUUGACUGACUUCGUUUUCAUUCUGAACGAUGCAUCAGCAGUGCGCACAUUUGCCCAGGCCGGGUCGCUAACACUGGGCGGCAAUGUUUCAAUCGCGGCCGGUCCUGUCGGUAGGAAUGCGGAAGCAGCCGGAGUCGCGAGUUUGAAGGGCGUAGCGGGUGUCUUCAGCUACAGCAAGACAAAGGGACUGUUCGCUGGUGUCAGUUUGGAAGGCAGUGGCCUGAUCGAGAGGAGAGACGCAAACGAGAAGCUCUAUGGGCGGAGAUGGACUGCGCGAGAGCUGUUAAGUGGCCAGGUUCCUCCACCACCGGCUGCUGAGCCACUUUUGCGUGUGCUCAACUCGAGAGUCUUUUCUGGUGUAGGUGGCGCUGCGGCAGCGGACGAAAGGAUGUACAAUGACAUCCCCGUCUACGAUGAUUCGCACGACAACGUUGUCUGGCAGGGCCGAAGCGGGUCCGCUAUGGGUGAGGGUGUUAGGAGAGACCGCACAGGGUCGCUGGGUCAGGGCAGUCAGGCUGGCAACGGCGACUACGAGUACCGCGACCGUUCACAGCGCUCAUCAACAUGGGCAGACGACGUGUACGAUCGACAGCCAAACACCGGUGGUGGUAUCAACCGCUCCUUCUCCACACGUGCCAACCCCAACGAGACAUUCGACACCAUGACCAGCCGCAGCCGCGCAUCUACUUUCGGCGACGACUAUUCCUACAGCGACCGCGCGCCCGGACGACCUUCAGCACCGAAGCCAGUCUUCGGCCAAAAGAGGGCAAGCUUGGGCGCUGACCAGGCAAUCGCGAAAUUCACGUUCGACCCAGACCAGCCUGGCGACUUGGGCUUCAAGAAGGGCGAGGUCAUUACCAUCCUGAAGAGGACAGACAACGAGACAGAUUGGUGGACUGGGAGAGUGGGCGACAGGGAAGGCAUCUUCCCUAGCAACUACGUCGAGACUGUGUAAAGUCGGCGUACGGAGCCCUCGAGUUACAAUUUCUGCGUUCUACUUCGAUCCUCCUGCUUCCGCGUCCAAAAGAUACCUUCUUCGUAUAUCUAGACUGCUACAUACAGUUCCUCAGCAACCUCGCGGACACACUCAUCAAUCUUCUUGGGCACAGCAAGGCGUCAAGGAUCACCUGCUAUGGGUCAACUGUUUUGCAUGUGUUCAGGUACCUACACAGCUCACCAUGAUACCUUAUCAAUCUUUCUAUUCUCAGCAUGUCGACUUUUCCAUCGCAUCAAUACUCACAUGAUCGUUGGCAUAUAAUGGAUCGGCCAAGUGGCUGGUCUCGAUGACUGUCGUCCCUUUGUUUGAUCAAACAACGCGCUGUAGCGUUGUCGCAACACCUAUGCAUCA